AUGGCGCUGAUUCACCAUCAGAACUUCUAUGUCAUCAUGUACUUAGAAAGAGUAACGAUCGAACAUUGUUACGCCUAUGCAUCUAAUGUUUUCAAUGACUCUAGCUAUGUGCUGGGAGAACAAAAGUCACCUGGAAUCAUUCCAUUGGCGGUGAAGGAUGUAUUCAGCAUUAUUCAAGAUACCCCUGGACGAGAGUUUCUUCUGCGGGUUUCGUAUCUUGAAAUUUACAACGAGGUUAUCAAUGACUUACUUGAUCCAAUAGGGCAGAAUCUCAGAAUUCGAGAAGAUACACAGGGAACUUAUGUGGAAGGGAUUAAAGAAGAGGUUGUUUUAUCACCUGCACAUGCUCUCUCUCUGAUAGCAUCUGGAGAAGAGCACAGGCAUGUUGGAUCAAACAACUUCAAUCUUGUCAGCAGUAGGAGUCACACUAUCUUCACGCUGACCAUCGAGAGCAGCCCCUCUGGUGAAAAUGAAGCAGAAGAAGUCAAGUUGUCUCAGUUGAACUUGAUUGACCUUGCUGGGUCUGAGAGUUCCAAAACUGAAACAACUGGUUUACGGCGCAAAGAAGGUUCAUACAUAAACAAGAGUUUGCUCACCCUUGGAACUGUAAUUGCUAAACUUACAGAUGGUAAGGCAACACAUAUUCCCUAUAGAGACUCAAAGCUCACACGCUUACUUCAGUCUUCUCUGAGUGGACAUGGACGCAUAUCUAUAAUAGACGAGAAGUCCUUAAUAAAGAAGUAUCAAAAGGAGAUAUCCAGCCUGAAAGAAGAGCUACAGCAACUCAGGCGUGGUAUAAUGGGAAAUGGUGGUAUUCUCCCUACGGAUCAAGAGGAUCUUGUUAAUUUAAAACUUCAGCUUGAAGCUGGGCAAGUCAAACUUCAAUCAAGGCUAGAACAGGAAGAGGAAGCAAAAGCAGCACUGAUGGGCAUGAUUCAGAGGCUAACAAAAUUAAUAUUGGUAUCAACCAAAAGUUCGAUAUCCUCAAAUGUUUCUGGAAAGACUAACCUUCGUCGACGUCAUUCAUUUGGGGAAGAUGAGCUUGUGUAUUUGCCUGAUCGAAAGCGGGAAUACUUUGUAGAUGAUGACGAUGUUAGUCUUGAUUCAGAGCUUUCGCUUGAAGGGAAAUUUGAUCUGAACAAUCCAGACGAGUCAGCCAGGUUUGGCAGAAGGAACCGCAAACGCGGAAUGCUUGGCUGGUUUAAACUAAAGAAGUCCGACCAAUUAUCAGGGCUAUCAUCCAGUGUGGACGGUGAUAGUACUGCUAGCGGCUCACCUUCAUGCUCUAAAUCGUCACAACAAAAACACUUGCUGCUCGACCUAAAGGAUGGUCGAAGGAAAUCUAUGACUAGGAAAGGAGACGACCCAGCACUUGCUGAUUCUUUUCUUGAAAGGACUCAAGCUGGUGAUUUAUUUAGUGCGCCCAGAGCACGGCACCCUCUGCUGAGUGGAACAACCAUUGUGGAUCAAAUAGAUCUUCUACAAGAGCAAGUCAAAAUGCUGGCAGGGGAAGUUGCACUUUGUACAAGUUCACUCAAAAGACUGACAGAGCAAGCAACCAACAACCCUGAUGAUUUGCAAAUUCAGCAAAUUGAGAAGUUGAAAGAUGAAAUCACAGAAAAUAAAUCACAUAUACAUAUGCUAGAGCAGCGGAUGGUGCAAUCACUGGAAACUACAGAAGACCCAACAAUUAGGACAGAGUUGUCCCAGAUUAUGUCUGCGGAUAAUAGAAUUCUUCAAGACCAGCUACAAGCAAAGGUAACAGAAAAUGCAGAACUCCAAGAAACAGUUGCACGCUUGAGGCAAGAAAUCAGUAAUUUGUCGAAGGCUGCCAAAAGCGAGGAUAGUUUUGCUAGUGUGCAGUCUAGUGAACCAUCAACGGCAAGCACUGAUACUAGGGAUCAAGCAAAUGAAGUCUCAAGCCAUGCAAAUAUGCCCUCUAGAACAACUGACUUAAAUGAGUCAGGAUUUAUAUCUCAAGUGCUCAAGCAGGCUUCAGAAAUUGAAAGUUUGAAGCAAGAAAAUCUGAGGUUGGUGGAAGAGAAGGAUGGACUGGAAGUUCAUACUCAAAAGCUGGCGGAGGAAUCAUCCUAUGCUAAAGAAUUGGCAUCUGCUGCUGCAGUUGAACUAAAGAAUUUGGCAGAAGAUGUCACUAGGCUUUCUUAUGAAAACGCAAAGCUGAAUGCAGACUUAGCUGCAGCAAAAGAGCUAAAUGCAUCAAUGUCAAGAAGUAACAUUCACGCUGACCCAAAGCGACGUGAUCGUGAGAGUGGAAUUAUAGUUAAGGAGUUGCAGAAAGAGUUGGUUGCUAGUUGUCAAAGGGAGGCGGUGUUAGAGGACACACUGUCUCAAAAAGACCGAAGACAGAGUGAGCUUCUAAAGAUUAUUAAUGAUGCAAAAUGCCGAGAGCAUGAGUUGGAAAACGAACUGGCAAGCAUGUGGGCCCUCGUUUCGAAGAUAAAGAAAGAAAACUCUCAACAGGAUGUAUUUGAAUUCAAAGCAAAGCAAAACGGUUUUCACUCAUCCAAGACUGAUAGUGGCAGACUGGUAAGUGAAAUGCAAGCUCCAGAUAAUGGGAGCUGGGAUGGCCUCAGUACUUUUGAAGAAGCAAGAGCUGCAUACAAUUAUGAAAGAAUGCGCUGCAAAGAAUUGGAAAGCGUCGUGCCCAGAUUGAAGGGUGAGGACCUCAGGGGCCUAGAUGUUAAAGUCCUUGAAGAGCUACAAAAUUUCCAUGUAGAAGCACUGUCAAGGAUCUGCCAAGAAAAGAUGGCAAGCCAGGCGCUAUAG